GCUAUUGUCAACUUCCCGUCUAUGCUUAUCUUGCUCAUUGCUCACUGUCAAUUGCUCACUGUUACCCUAUGUGUGCAACUAUUAUUGAUUUCUCACAGAAAAAUCAUUUGGUUUCAAAUGUACAUGGGGCCAUGUAAAUAAUUGUUAGGCUACUCAUUUUGAAUCCACCGGUGGCAACUUGUGUGACCAUAAAAGUCUGUGUGCGAUUGGACACAGUAAAAUUAUUUGGUUACUGACCGGCCCUACAUUAUAGAAGGCCCUUCAAGUCGGAACUAGGAAAUUCUGACAUUUCUGACUCGCUAACUCGUUAUGGAGUGAUGAUUUCAAGUUUCCCACUUGUGAAGUAUCAGAAUCAACCAGUAGGAAGCUUUACACUGAUAACUUACAUUCAUUUUAACUCUGAGCUUCCAAGUUUCCGAUUGCAUGUUAAUGCGUCAAUAAUUGCCAUGGUAAUUUUGAAUGUCCAGUCAGUGAGCAUUAUGGGUAAUUAUCCUACAUACUUACAUCAAAUACUUUAUGAUAGCAUCAUCUCCUGUAGUAACAGUGCCAUUCCAAACACAAUAAAUGUGAAAAUUAACAAAGAUACAAAAUAUUGCUAAAGUGAAGAAAAUCAGCUCAAAAUUGUUGGAGGAAAUGCCCCUGCAGCGGGGAGGCUUACGGUAUUAUAAUAUAUUGUAGAUAACAUUAAUAUAAUUUGUGUAUUUACAGUAUCGUACACAUACAAAUGAAAGUAUAUGCUAGGGAUUGAUCUACACUGAGUGAACAAAACAUUAAGAACACCUUCCUAUUGAGUUGCCCUCCCCCUUGGUGGUGGACCAUUGUUGAUACUCAGGGAAAACUGUUGAGCGGGAAAAACCCAACAGCAUGGCAGUUCUUGAGACAAACCGGUGCGCCUGGCACCUACUACCAUACUCUGUUCAAAGGGACUUAAAUCUUUGGUCUUGCCCAUUCACCCUCUGAAUGACACACAUACACAAUCCAUGUCUCAAUUGUCUAAAAAUCAAUCUUUAACCUGCCUCGUCCCCUUCAUCUACACUGAGAAGAAGAUUUAACAAUGAACAUCAAUAAGGGAUUAUAGCUUUCACCUGAUUAGUCUAUGUCACGGAAAGCGAAGGUGUUCUUAAUGUUUAAUACACUCAGUGUAUGUGUCAAUGAUGUUAUAGAUUCCAAGUGGUUGAUUUUUUAGGGAAUGACUAUAUUCUCUAUAUUAUACCUGCAGAUCAUCACAGCAGCCGAAGUUGCUGUGCAGAGGGAGGAGAUCCCCCGAGCAUCAGGCCUCAACCCGUCACAGAGGGAGGUUAUCCUCCAAACAGCCAGUGUCCCUGCACAGAGGGAGGGGAUCCUCCAAACAGCCAGUGUCCCUGUACAGAGGGAGGGUAUCCUCCAAACAGCCAGUGUCCCUGUACAGAGGGAGGGUAUCCUCCAAACAGCCAGUGUCCCUGCACAGAGGGAGGGUAUCCUCCAAACAGCCAGUGUCCCUGUACAGAGGGAGGGUAUCCUCCAAACAGCCAGUGUCCCUGUACAGACGGAGGGGAUCCUCCAAACAGCCAGUGUCCCUGUACAGACGGAGGGGAUCCUCCAAACAGCCAGUGUCCCUGUACAGAGGGAGGGUAUCCUCCAAACAGCCAGUGUCCCUGUACAGACGGAGGGUAUCCUCCAAACAGCCAGUGUCCCUGCACAGAGGGAGGGUAUCCUCCAAACAGCCAGUGUCCCUGCACAGAGGGAGGGUAUCCUCCAAACAGCCAGUGUCCCUGUACAGAGGGAGGGUAUCCUCCCAACAGCCAGUGUCCCUGUACAGACGGAGGGUAUCCUCCAAACAGCCAGUGUCCCUGCACAGAGGGAGGUUAUCCUCCAAACAGCCAGUGUCCCUGUACAGAGGGAGGGUAUCCUCCCAACAGCCAGUGUCCCUGUACAGACGGAGGGUAUCCUCCAAACAGCCAGUGUCCCUGCACAGAGGGAGGGUAUCCUCCAAACAGUCAGUGUCCCUGUACAGAGGGAGGGUAUCCUCCCAACAGCCAGUGUCCCUGUACAGACGGAGGGGAUCCUCCAAACAGCCAGUGUCCCUGCACAGAGGGAGGGGAUUCUCUCAGCAGCUAGCAUCACUGCGCAGAGGGAGGAGAUCUUCCGAGCAUCAGGCCUCAUCCCUGCACAGAGGGAGGGGAUCCUCCAAACAGCCAGUGUCACUGCACAGAGGGAGGAGGUCCUCCGAGCAUCAGGCCUCAUUCCGACACAGAGGGAGGGGGUUCUCUCAGCACCUAGCAUCAUUGCUCAGAGGGAGGAGAUGUUCCGAGCAUCAGGCCUCAUCCCGUCACAGAGGGAAGGAAUUCUUCCAGCAUCUUCUAUCACUGCGCAGAAGAAGAAGAUCCUCAGAGCAUCAGGCCUCAUCCUUGCACAAAAGGAGUUGAUCCUCCUGAUGGCCAGUGUCACUGCGCAGAGGAAGGGAAUCGUCCCAAUGGCCAGCGUCCCUGCGCACAGGGAGGGGAUUGUCCCAAAGGCUAGUAUCUCUGCUGAGAGGAAUGGGAUCCUCCAAACAGCCAGUAUACCUGCACAGAGGGAGGGGGUUCUCCCAGCAGCUAGCAUCACUGUGCAGAGGGAGGAGAUCCUCCGAGCAUCAGGUCUCAUCCCGUCACAGAGGGAGGGUAUCCUCCAAACAGCCAGUGUCCCUGCACAGAGGGAGGUUAUCCUCCCAACAGCCAGUGUCCCUGUACAGACGGAGGGGAUCCUCCAAACAGCCAGUGUCCCUGUACAGAGGGAGGGUAUCCUCCAAACAGCCAGUGUCCCUGUACAGAGGGAGGGUAUCCUCCAAACAGCCAGUGUCCCUGUACAGAGGGAGGGGAUUCUCUCAGCAGCUAGCAUCACUGCACAGAGGGAGGAGAUCCUCCGAGCAUCAGGCCUCAUCCCUGCACAGAAGGAGGGUAUCCUCCAAACAGCCAGUGUCCCUGUACAGAGGGAGGGGAUUCUCUCAGCAGCUAGCAUCACUGCACAGAGGGAGGAGAUCCUCCGAGCAUCAGGCCUCAUCCCGACACAGAGGGAGGGUAUCCUCCAAACAACCAGUGUCCCUGCACAGAGGGAGGGUAUCCUCCAAACAACCAGUGUCCCUGCACAGAGGGAGGGGAUCCUCCAAACAGCCAGUGUCCCUGCACAGAGGGAGGGGAUCCUCCAAACAGCCAGUGUCCCUGUACAGACGGAGGGGAUCCUCCAAACAGCCAGUGUCCCUGCACAGAGGGAGGGGAUCCUCCAAACAGCCAGUGUCCCUGCACAGAGGGAGGGGAUCCUCCAAACAGCCAGUGUCCCUGUACAGAGGGAGGGUAUCCUCCAAACAGCCAGUGUCCCUGUACAGACGGAGGGGAUUCUCUCAGCAGCUAGCAUCACUGUGCAGAGGGAGGAGAUCCUCCGAGCAUCAGGCCUCAUCCCUGCACAGAGGGAGGGGAUCCUCCAAACAGCCAGUGUCCCUGCACAGAGGGAGGGGAUCCUCCAAACAGCCAGUGUCCCUGCACAGAGGGAGGGGAUCCUCCAAACAGCCAGUGUCCCUGUACAGACGGAGGGUAUCCUCCAAACAGCCAGUGUCCCUGUACAGAGGGAGGGGAUCAUCCAAACAGCCAGUGUCCCUGUACAGAGGGAGGGGAUCCUCCAAACAGUCAGUGUCCCUGCACAGAGGGAGGGUAUCCUCCAAACAACCAGUGUCCCUGCACAGACGGAGGGGAUCCUCCAAACAGCCAGUGUCCCUGUACAGAGGGAGGGUAUCCUCCAAACAGCCAGUGUCCCUGUACAGACGGAGGGUAUCCUCCAAACAGCCAGUGUCCCUGCACAGAGGGAGGGUAUCCUCCAAACAGCCAGUGUCCCUGCACAGACGGAGGGUAUCCUCCAAACAGCCAGUGUCCCUGUACAGAGGGAGGGGAUUCUCUCAGCAGCUAGCAUCACUGCACAGAGGGAGGAGAUCCCCCGAGCAUCAGGCCUCAUCCCGACACAGAGGGAGGGGGUUCUCUCAGCACCUAGCAUCAUUGCUCAGAGGGAGGAGAUGUUCCGAGCAUCAGGCCUCAUCCCGUCACAGAGGGAAGGGAUUCUUCCAGCAUCUUCUAUCACUGCGCAGAAGAAGAAGAUCCUCAGAGCAUCAGGCCUCAUCCUUGCACAAAAGGAGUUGAUCCUCCUGAUGGCCAGUGUCACUGCGCAGAGGAAGGGAAUCGUCCCAAUGGCCAGCGUCCCUGCGCACAGACAGGGGAUUGUCCCAAAGGCAAGUGUCUCUGCUGAGAUGGAGGGGAUCUUCCAAACAGCCAGUGUACCUGCACAGAGGGAGGGGGUUCUCCCAGCAGCUAGCAUCACUGUGCAGAGGGAGGAGAUCCUCCGAGCAUCAGGCCUCAUCCCUGCACAGAGGGAGAGGAUCCUCCAAACAGCCAGUGUCCCUGUACAGAGGGAGGGGAUUCUCUCAGCAGCUAGCAUCACUGUGCAGAGGGAGGAGAUCCUCCGAGCAUCAGGCCUCAUCCCUGUACAGAGGGAGAGGAUCCUCCAAACAGCCAGUGUCCCUGUACAGAGGGAGGGGAUCCUCUCAGCAGCUAGCAUCACUGCGCAGAGGGAGGAGAUCCUCCGAGCAUCAGGCCUCAUCCCUGCACAGAGGGAGUUGAUCCUCCAGAAGGCCAGCGUCCCUGCGCACAGGGAGUGGAUCGUCCCAAAGGCUAGUGUCCCUGCAGAGAGGGAGGAGAUUUUCCUCACAACCAGUGUCCCUGUGAAGAAUGGACACAAUCAUCCACAACCACCUCCCAUCAUCCCCAUGGUGGCACCACUGUGGAAAUGGGAUGGUGCAGCGUGUACUCCACCUGUGGAUUUCUAUUCCAAGAGAAGAGAUGUCCGACUUAGAUAUGUUGAGCAUCCUGCUAUGAUGUCCAUCACCAAGCCGGAACACUCCGAGGCCACUUCUCAGUGCCAGACUGGCAGCCGGCCGGUGGCUGAGCCCGAGACCCCUGCUGUUCACAAUAACAGUGGAGGCUGGCUCAGCUGGGUUUUUGGGAGGGGAAGAUUUAAUAAGAAGGAGGUUCAUCUACCUGAGGACAAAGACAGAUCUAUUGUCUGGGAUCCAACUCUGCACAGAUGGGUUAACAAAACUGAGCCCAAGGCUGAGAACAAGUGUGUACCACCACCUCCACCGAUGGGGACAUAUGGAUAUCAGGGGAACACUGGCCCCAAAGGAGUGAAUCCUUACUCUAUGAAAGCAGCAGGUCUAUGGGGCAGCAAAUACCCUACAAUACAUUACAAUGAUGGGACCAACUCAAAGCCUCCAAGCCAUGGGCCUGGACUGCUUCCUAGACAGCUCUCUGGCUUGCUCCCUCCUUCACACGUUGACCUCAUGGCACCAAUGGUUGUGCCACCUGACACUCUACCCUACUGAGGCCAUUUGCCCAGAGUGGAUUUGCCAUACAUAGAAUUUUUCAGCAUUAAAAAUCUUCAGCAUAAAAAAGUAUUAAAAGAUGAUCUUUUAAUUAAAUCUCUCCUUUGUGUCCUCAUGUUCACAUUAAUUUGAUGUGUUCUAUCAUCCUUUACAAUGCUUAUUGCUUCUGCAUUAUUUUAAGUAUAUAUUAUACACAUAGACAUCACAAAAACAUAUUUUUGUGCAUUUUGGAUUUCCUACAUUUACUUACUGUACAAACAAGUAUAUUUUAUACAUAUAUUUUUUUUAACUACAUUUUUUAUGUAUUCCAUAGACAGAAAGAAAUAUAUUUAGAUGCAUUUUGAAUUCCUAAAUGUCAAUAUUUUAUUUUCUGUGUCACGUGUUUAUGCCCAUUUAUGUACAUCCUGUGUAUGUUACCCUUCCAAUGAGCUUAUCAUAUAAACUACAACGCAAAAAGUAUGGUUUACUUCACUUUUAAUCAUGUUAGCACAGGUAACAGCCGUUUACAGUCUUUCUUUAGUUUUUCAUUCUUACUCUUCCCAAUUCAAUUAAACUAUAUUUCUUUAUUUCCCAUGGGCUUCACCAGAGUACCCCCUAGUGGCUGGAAUACAACUGUAUUAAGCCCCUUACAACACCCCCCUGCAAAAACAAAAUGUUGUCCCAGUUGCAGCCUAGUAUCUGUCUUGUUUUGCACGCUUUGUACAAAAUAAUAAAAUGCAGUACUACAGGAUA